UGACGUUGGUUGGGGAGGUGGGAUGCACAGGCGGAGAGGCGAGUGGGUCCUGGAGUCAGCUGGCCACAGACGUCCCUGGAAGCCCUUUUCCCCUCCCCUGGCUCACACGCCUUCCUCUGUCCCUGCAGCAUCGUUCUUUUCCCGGUUCCGUCUCCCUUCUUCCCACCUGGGCCCCAUCCCUGCCUCUCUCCGUAGCUCCGUAUCCCUUUCCGUUGGAAGAAACAAUUUCCAUCUCCUCCAUCUUUGCUGUUCCCGUUUUCCGUCCCCCGUCCCUUCCUUGUCUCGUGUUGUCCUCAGUACCAUGUUCUCUCCUUUCCCCCUUCCUUCCUCCCCAUCCCUGGUCCCCUCCAUCCCUCUUCUCCCUUCCCCUUCCACGAUCUCCACUUCCCAUCCUGCCUGGACCUUUCCUUCCUCCUCCUCCUGCCCUUCCUCCUUCUUCCCCGCUCCUGUGACCGCUUCACCCUCUCAGCUUCCCUCCCUGACCUUUACUCCCCUCCUCAGCAUCCUCCAGCUGCCGAUCUCCUCUGCGCCCCCCAGUCCAUUCCUUCAGGACUAGCCCCCUUCAUCUGCUUCCUCUUCACCUUUCUCUUCCCUUCUCACGCCUCACCAGCCUUCCCUGUCUCAGGCCAUCAUGCCUUCACAUCUCUCCCCACAGCCCACUUCCCCAAUCCCUUCCCCAGACUCUCCCACCUACUCCCCUGUUAUUCUCUGAGAGGGUUUAAUGUCCAGAUUUAGACCCAGAAUCCAGAGGACACCAAGUGUCAUAUCCUCAUUCACUGGGGAGCCUGCUGCCGCCGCCUGGAUCCACCACCCUCAGCUCUGAGAACGUGUCCUCCUCUUUCAAAACCAUCCAUCCUGAUUCUCCCAGGACUCUUUACCCAGGAGAGCUACAUUUGAGGGGGUGGCCUCUCCCCAACUCCACCUCCCCUCAGAGGGCACCUAUGCAUUUGGAUGAUGGAACAUUGAGCAAAUAUUAUAUUCUGUAGUUUUCCUCCCGCCCACCUCCUCUCUCUUUCCUUCCAUCCCUCCAUCUCCUGUUCCCCUGCUCCUGAAGACGAGAUUCCUGGGGCCAUUCAAUCAUAAGAGAAAGGCCUCAGACAACAAGUGGGGUGGGCAGGCGGGGAUGCUCCCCCGUGCAACCACACACGUUCACACACUCACUCAGAUUGACUUCCUCUUCCCUCCCCCACUCAGACUCCCUCCCUCCCUCGGUAGGUGCUCAAGGAAUCACAAGGUUCUUGGCUCUAAAUUAAGAUCUAAGAAAAGCUAGGAGCUGUGGGCAGAGGAAGUGAGACGGAAGGAAGCCAGAGAAGUGAGAGUAGACCCUGGGGGGGGAGGUAACAGGGACCUGGGAAGUUGUGUAGAUAGGGGCUGGGGACUAGACAGGGGACCACUCUGGGGGUUCCCCUCCCCGCUCCCCACCCCCCGCAAGAGGAUGCUAGGCAGCCGUGGCUCCUGAGUGGCAGCAGCAUAGCUGGCAGCCAGAGCUGGGAGGGGAGAUGGAGUAAAGGCUGAAAAUCUGGGUCAUCUCUGAGGAAGAUCUCGGACAUGGAGUCCAGAAUGUGGCCUGCGCUGCUGCUGUCCCAUCUCCUCCCUCUCUGGCCACUGCUGUUGCUGCCCCUCCCACCGCCUGCCCAAGGUUCCUCCUCCUCCCCUCGGACCCCACCAGCCCCAGCCCGGCCCCCCUGUGCCCGGGGAGGGCCCUCAGCCCCACGCCAUGUGUGCGUGUGGGAGCGAGCACCUCCACCAAGCCGCUCCCCGCGGGUCCCAAGAUCACGUCGGCAAGUCCUGCCGGGCACCUCGCCCCCGGCCACCCCAUCAGGCUUUGAAGAGGGGCCACCCUCAUCCCAGUACCCCUGGGCUAUUGUGUGGGGUCCUACAGUGUCUCGAGAGGAUGGGGGGGACCCCAACUCUGCCAAUCCUGGAUUUCUGCCCCUGGACUAUGGUUUCGCAGCCCCGCAUGGGCUGGCCACCCCACACCCCAACUCAGACUCCAUGCGGGGUGAUGGAGAUGGGCUUAGCCUUGGAGAAGCACCCGCCACCCUGCGGCCAGUCCUGUUCGGGGGCCGCGGGGAAGGUGUGGACCCUCAGCUCUACGUCACAAUUACCAUCUCCGUCAUCAUUGUUCUCGUGGCCACUGGCAUCAUCUUCAAGUUCUGCUGGGACCGUAGCCAGAAGCGGCGCAGGCCCUCUGGGCAGCAAGGCGCCCUGAGGCAGGAGGAGAGCCAGCAGCCCUUGACAGACCUGUCCCCAGCCGGGGUCACUGUGCUGGGGGCCUUCGGGGACUCGCCCACCCCCACCCCUGACCACGAGGAGCCCCGAGGGGGACCCCGGCCUGGGAUGCCCCAGCCCAAGGGGGCUCCAGCCUUCCAGCUGAACCGGAUUCCCUUGGUGAAUCUGUGAUCCCCCCAAGCCUGGGCUGCCACCAAGCAGGGGGCCAAGGGGCCGGCACAGCCCCCAUCCCGCUGAGGGCAGGGCGGCUGUGGGCGCCUCGGAACACUCGCUAGCCCGCGGGUGAGCGCACCUGCUCAGCCUCCUUUAGGUGGGGGCCUCACAUAUCUGUGGCUUUUGGCCCCCGGCCCCGCCCUGGCACACUCACAUGAGAGCCUUGCACACUCACCUCUCCCCUCACGAGCCACUGCACACACUCCUGCUCUUGUACGGCCAGUCUCCCUAGCCACGUCUCCCCCCUCCGCGGAUCCCUCGCGUCCUCCCUUUCGUCUCACACUGUUCCCUUUGUCUUCUCCCCCGUCCCACCCAUCGCUCAGUGGCCCGUCACUCAGAGGUCAGUGGGUGACUCCCGUGGACUCUCGUGUGCAUGUCCCGGCCCCGCGCUGUGGCGUGUGUCAUGCUCACACUCUCGCCUCACGAACACUCACUGACUGAGUUUCUGUGGCCCCUGCAUGCUGCCCCGGAGGUGGGUGGGAGGUGAGCUGGGGGCUCCAUGGGCCUCCAUCUGUCGCGGUCCCAUCCCGCUCCGCGUCACGUGUUUCGCUGUCUCCCCCAUCCCGCUCCGAGGGCUCCCUGUGGGAAUGGGAGUACUGAGGGCGCAAACCCCCACCCCCUCCACUGCUAAAUUCUGUUGUCUGGGAGAUGGCUUUUGGGGAGUCACCCGCUGCACUACAUGAGAAAGGGGCUCCCAUGUGCCCUCCCCUGCUUCCCAAGUCCUUCUGUCUCGUCUGUCCUGGCUGUCUGUGUGUGUCACUCUGGAAUUCAGAGCCCCCUGAGCCAGUCCUCCACUUGCCGGCCUCCCUGAGGGCCUCCGUAACUCCACCUAGGCUGCCAGGGACCGGAGCCAGCUGGUUCAAGGCCAUCGGGAGCUCUGCCUCCCAAUCCGCCCCUCCCUCCCUGGUUCCUCCACUCUCCCUCCUUUUGCACCGCCCCCCCCUCAGGUUUGUCCUGACUUCUCAUGGCUUUCCCACCUUCCUUCCUACUUCCCUCUCUUACCUGGCUCCUAUGCUGUGAUAUAUAUUUUUGUAUUAUCUCUUUCUUCUUGUGGUGAUAAUCUUGAAUUCUUGUGGGAUGUAAGUUUCAAAAUUUUCAAAUAAAGCCUUUGCAAGAUACCUGA